GCUGCGCGGACUCGACAUGGCGGCCGACCGGACACUCUUGCUGCUCGCGUUCGCAUUGCUAAGUGUUUGGUGCGAGGCGAGAGAAGCUGACAAGGAAGACCUUUGCUGGACGCCGUUCGUUAACGGAAACCAGCCGGACGACGACGGUGACGUGGAGAGCAUCGAUGCGUUGAAACGGAACGGAUACGACGUCUGUUGGUAUCCACGCUCGAUCGAAUGUCGCACGUCAGAGGAAAAAUUGUCUGCAAUCGGAACCGGACAAGUGGUGACUUGUGACGAAGAUAACGGCUUCGUUUGUCGCAAUCGACAUCAGCAAAAUCGUCGAUGUCUCGACUACGAGGUGCGAUUUCUCUGCCCGUGCAAACGCACUUGUGGACGGUUGAUUAUUGCUGCUCUGCCAAAUAAUCGCUUCAUCUUUCCGUCCUAUGGCAAGUCGCUUCUGUGUGAGUGGACGAUCAUUGCGAGGAACAGAGAACGAGUGAGGGUCGAGAUCCGUGGGACUGACCUCGACGUCGCUGCAGGCGAUUUGCUCGAGAUCUAUAGUGACCAGGUGAAGUUGACGCGCUUGAUUUACAGCAGUGAGCAGAACUGGCCACCGUUGAAACCGUUUGUGUUCUCGAGAGACAAGAAAGUGGUGAUUAGGUACAAGGCAGCACUUGUAACUCCAUCUCCUACAUCCCUCAGGGUGUCUUACUUUGUUGUCGAACGUGCUAGGAAACUGCAGUUGUGUUCGUUUGGGAGCAAGGCUUGUCAGUGGAAGUCAAGCUCAGAGAAAUGGAGACUGACUGACUGUUACAGAGAUGACGGUCGAGCAUACAGAGGGACCACAUCGACAACUACAUCUGGUCGAUUGUGUCAGUCGUGGCAGUCACAGUCUCCUCACAAGCACUCGUUCUUUCCAAAACGGUAUCCCGAAGUAAAAAAAGCAAAAAACACUUGCAGGAAUCCCGGAGGCUUAAAAUCAAAACCAUGGUGCUACACUCAAGAUCCCAAAAUGGAAACCGAAACGUGCGCUCUUGCACCAUGUAGCAAGUCCAAGUCAGAAUCUGUUAUGGUUCUUUAUCGUGAUGGGAACGAAGUGGGAGUAGAGACUCAUACCAUUCAGAGUCCUCUGUACAGUCAAGAGACUAGAAUUUGCUUCUCGUUUUUGUAUUGGGUGAACAGUGCCGACAUGAAGCUUCUCACAGUCAGAGUACUUGGAGUUGACGAUGUUGUGAAAUCCGAGUUGGACAUAGAUGGCACCAUAUCUGACAAAUGGUAUUGGGGGUACAUCAGGAUACCCGACGGGAUCGACUUUCGUGUUCAGUUGAGUGGCAACAUCGAUUCAAACCAGACGAAUGCAGCUGUGUUAGCGGUCGAUAUGUUUGGUUAUUCGAGCUGUAGCGAGGCACUCGACUGUGUGAGAGAACAAGCAAUAAGAUGUAACUUGGAACGGCAUUCGAGAAACGGCUCGUGGGAUCUCCUGUUCAGCACUAUCGGCAUCGGCACACCCGAAGACCUGUUUCGCGAAAUCGAUUCCGACCUAUCAAUAAGAUAUCAGUCGAAGGGUUGCUGGGAGGCAGGCAAGAGCAAUGAUAUGCCGUCACUCGAGGAUAAGGCUGGUUUACUCAGGGACUACCCGCAUCAGCGUAAGUUUCCUAUCUUGAGUUGUGCGAGAGCUGCUCGGGCGUUUGGGUUUCGCGUGUUCGCCCUGAAGGCGGGAGGACAGUGUUACUCGUCAGAAAAUGCCGAGACACUCUACUUACAGUACAGACGAUCGGACAGAUGCUUGGAAGCGGGCACAGGUGGGAAAACGGCAUAUGAAGUGUAUGUAAUUCUGAGUGCCGACGUUGGAGGGUCGGUCAACAACUUGAAGUCAAAUAAGGGCAUUUCGAAACAAAAACGAGUGUCGUUUUUUGUGUAUACGAUCAACAAUCGUGUGUACGAUUCUGACUCGUAUUUGAAGUUCAAUAUCGUUCCGGAUCACGACAAAGGCUACACGUGUAUUUGGUUCAGGUAUAGAGAAAUGGUGUUUCCAAACACUCGAGUUGUUGUCACUGAUGUGAUGGUGAGUGGUGAGGAGAGGGAAAGGACGAGGACUGUUUUUACUAUUCCGAAGAAACGUCGUUCAAAGAACAAAUGGUACAGUGCAUCAAUUUCGAUUCCUCUGCUAGACAGGAGGACGGCCAUGCAUGAGAUUCUAAUCAAACCGGAGGACCCUCAGAGCAGUGGCAAUUUACUCAUUCAGGAUUUGAAGACGAUACCUUGUCAAUCAGCUAUGAAUUGUACUUUUGACGAAGAAACAUCUUGCAACUGGAACGAAAAGACAAGCAGUGCUCUGUUCUACUGGGUGGUCGUCACCCACGUGGGAGUAUCCGGACUACGAUACUUGCCACGUAAUGCAACAGGACAAGGAUAUUCUGGAUACAUCACAUUUGCUCGCUCAUUUCUCGCCACAAAACUCGGCGAGAAAACAUUCGAAUACAUCGAGUCACCCAUUCUUCCCUUUGAAAACUACAGAUGUAUGGCGUUUCAUUACGCUAUGGACCCUUUCAUGCAGGGUCCCGAAGACUGGGGAUUUUCCAUUCAAGCGCUGAUCAGCGGCAAGAUCAAGAGCAGGAAACUCUUGCAGGGACCGCUGGGCAAGUGGAUUCUGGCGACGAUUUCAUUGCCGGCGUCGCCACGGAAUCUCAUGCAGAUUCGGUUUGAAGUGUGCCAGCUGUGUCGCAUAGCGCUCGACAAUAUCAUCUUUUCGAAGCAAAGCUGUGGUGCAGAUGAGGACGAGUGCGUAGACAAAGAACUGAACGACUGCGAGCAAAAUUGUCUGAACACGUUCGGUAGCUAUGAGUGUUACUGCAAGUUUGGUUACCAAGUGGCGACCGACGGACGACAGUGCGAUCCUAUCUGUAGCCGAGUGAAGUGCCAAAACGGUGGCGUCUGCGUUGCGCCAAAUAAAUGCGCAUGCGCAAAAGGAUUCGCCGGGCAAGAUUGCACACUGAGUUGUGGUCCGCCGAUUUUGACCAACUCGAGUGGCACGAUCGUGUCGUCAAACUACGGGAAGGUUUUGCGAAGAGUUGAAGUCGUUUGUAAUUGGGAGAUCCAAGCUCAUUCGGGUCAGAUUAUUGCGUUGGAGUUCGAAGGUCUUGAUCUCGGUUACCAACCGUGUCAGCACUCGAACGUUCUGGUUCAGAACGUGCUGGACGAUAACGUCACCCAAACUUCGAUUCCGCAAGAAAUGAGGAGAAUUUGUCCACAGACUAGACCGCCGGCUAUUCUGUCGUCUGGCAAUCGGCUGUUUAUCACGUUUACGUCGACGAGUCGGUUUGGAUAUCGUGGAACGGGAAUGAAGGCGAAAUACAAAAUACAUGACAAACGGUGCUAUGUUGAUUGUUCGAAGCUGGAAUGGUGGCAGAAGUGCUGUGAAGGACACGUGAUUGUGACGUCCAACGUUCUUCGCUCCGGUACUCAGUCAGGCAUUCAUGUGAUGCUUCAUGGCGUGAAGGGAAGGGUUGACAUGGAGGCGGCUCUGACGAGCAGUGGCAGCGAGUACAUUUUACCGACUCGUCUUCAGAUUCAAGGUUCGGGCAACGGUACAGUGCAUGGAAGCAUGUUGUUUAAUAUUCCUGAGGACCUUUCAACUGGGACUUACCAGCUGAAACUCACUGGUAGCGUGGACAACCGUCCCUCAUUUCGACACUCAGUCACAGUCGCCGUGGCGGCCAGAGGACCGACCGUGUUCGUCCAGACCGACAAACCAGCUUACAGAAUGGGCGAAACUGUGCGAAUUCGGUUGAUAUCGUUGGAUUACACCGGGGGACCUCACAGAGGCCUACUUGCUGUUGUUAUUUCGGAUGGCAGGGGCACUAAGAUCUUGCAGUGGCAGAACUUGCGACCUAAAAAUGGGUUGAUAUCUCGCUCUUUGGCUCUUUCCACACAAGCCGUGUCGGGACAGUGGAAUAUUUCUGUACGCGCCACGUAUCCGGAUGGAAAAGAAGCACUAGUCCAAACUGCGUGUUUCGACGUUGGCUAUUAUGACAUCCCCAAGUAUGACGUUCAACUGUCGAUUCCGUCUUACGUCAUUCAAGGUGGCGGUAACAUCACAGGAGUUGUAGAAGCGAGGUAUAUAUACGGGAAACCAGUACGCGGCGAGCUGUGCUUGGACUUCAAGUCAAACCACAGAAAGCAAUUUUACACCGUCUAUUUCCCAUCAGUUUUACGAUUUUGUCAACCGAUCGUCGGUUUACACGAUUUCUCUAUUGAUUCUUAUUCUUUGAUCGAGACGUGGUUCGAACGAAACGAGUAUUAUUGGCCGACGAGUCUGGAAGUUAAUGCGACGGUCACCGAGCACGCAACGGGCGCACGCGUACUGGCGUCGGAAGAGGUCUUCGUAUCACCGCAUCCCUACGUCCUCAGUUUCGAAGGCACACCAAACAGCUACAGACCGGGACUGCCCGUCACCGUCUUGAUUUCAGUGAUGACGCCCAACCGUUUGCCGGUGAUGAACGAGACGAUAAUCAGCGUCAACAUCUACGGUAACGACAUCCACGUCGACGAGCGCAACGUGAAGACGAAACGCGGUACGGCCGUGUUCGACAUCUUCUACUACAGAAACCAAUUCACCGAAGGCGUCCGGAUUGACGCUGCACUGUACGUCGACAACGACAUUCCUCACGAGAUCAAAUUGAGUCAUUCGCUAGAACCCCGGAUGUCUGGACUCGAUGAGUCAUUACUGUUGAUGCCACAGGACCCCAUACUGCGGAGCGGAUCUGUGGCCGAAAUUCCAGUCUGGACGAACAAACCGGUUGCGAGCGAGCUUCAUCUCAUGACGGUGAGUAAGGGUGUGAUUACCCGUACGUGGGACUCCUUCAUGGAAUCCGUCCAGUCGUCGACGUACGAAGAUCUCUACAUCUACACACUAAAAUUCGACGUCACGUGCUCGUUGGCGCCGAAGUUUCAUCUCACCGCCUUCUAUCUCACCGACGGUGGCAUAGCAAUUGCAGACAGCAGAGAACUGCACGUGCACAAGUGCCUCGAUCAUAAGGUCCGUGUCGAGUUCGACGGGAAGGAGUCGCGUCCGGGUGAUAAAGUAAGGCUCAACGUGACGGCGGCGCCGCAUUCGUACGUUGGUAUUACGGCUUUGGAUAGCGGCAUCUACCUCGAGGCAUCCGAAUGCGAUCCUCGUCUAACAGCCGAGACGAUACUCGAAGCAAUGGCGGUGUAUGACACAGGAGCAGACGCCGCAGAAGCGACCGAUAACGCGUACACGGACGACCCGAGACACUGGUGGCGCUCGUGGUGGGCUGCGGCGCCCGUUCCCUAUUUUUUCAAGGAACCCGGUAUCGCUGUGAUAAGCAAUUAUCUCUUUAACCGAGCCAACAUCAGACGAGUCAGACGAGACUUGGAAGGUAACGUCACGACGGACUCUGUUAUGUCAUCGCCGGUGCAAUACGCGCCGCUCAAGCGAAUACGGUCGUUCAUACCGGACGCAUGGCUUUGGGAGGAGCACGAAAUCAACGAGUCCGGUUUGCUUGUUGUCGAGCGCACCGUGCCCGACAGUGUGACGACGUGGGUGGCCGACGCAUUCGCGCUCUCCGAUUCAGCCGCGUUCGGCGUGACGGAGUCUCCCGCUCGUCUCGUCGCGUUCAAGCCGUUCUUUGUGUCGGUCGACCUUCCCUACUCGGUCGUGCGAGGAGAAGAAGUCGUCGUUGUGGCAACGGUUUUCAAUUAUUAUCAUGAUGAUCUUAAGGUGGUGGUUGCGUUGGAUCGGAAGACGUUGGCGUUCGAGUUCGUCGGAGACGCGGACGUCGCCAAGCAGUCGCUGCUUGUGCCCGGCCAGGACAGCCGCACGGCGCGAUUUAAGAUAAUUGCGAGGAAGCUGAGGAACAUUCCGAUAAGAAUCACCGCUCAUUCAGCCCUGGAAACCGAUUCUAGACUGAAGAUGCUACUCGUGAAGCCGGAGGGAAUUCCGCAGAGGGAAGGCAAGAGUCUCCUCAUUGCGGAAGGCACCGCAAAGAAAGUCAAACUAGAAUUACCCAAACGGGUUGUGUCCGGCUCGGCUACAGGCGUCCUCUCAGUGUCCGGUGACGUCAUAUCUCCGGCUGUCAACUCUCUUGGUUCCAUGCUGCAGUUGCCGUGGGGAUGCGGAGAGCAGAAUAUGAUCAAUUUCGCUCCUGCUGUGCUGAUAAAACGUUACUUGACGAGAGUUGGUCAGUUGAGUGCGGAACUCGACGCCGAGACGACAAAAGUAAUGGAACUCGGAUAUCAGAGACAACUCACCUAUCAAAGAUCGAAUGGAUCUUAUGCGUCGUUUGAAGAUCCCGCUGCUGUCAGCAGCACGUGUUUGACUGCGUUUGUGGUUCGAGUUCUGUCUCAAGCCAUGUCUCAGAUGUACAUCGAUUUCGACUCGAUCACUCGGAGUGUGUGUUGGUUGGCCGACAUGCAGAGAAGCGACGGAUCGUUUGUAGAGCCCGGUCACUGCAGCUAUCUAAGUUGCGGACAACUAAACAUGUCGGUGACUCUGACAGCCUACGUUCUCGUUACAUUGGCUGAAGUUAGUCCCAAGUUGCCGUCGACGCUUGACUGCGAAUACGGGAACGUGAGUCUCUCCAACAUCUCCGACGCAUCUCAACAGUUUCUCGAAAUCAGUACCGAAACGUUGGCCAACGAUUACAUUCGAGCUCUGACGGCGUACGCGUUAGCGCUCACGGACAGCAACACAGUACACUCCCUUCUCGCUCAGUUGGAAGAAACAGCAUCAAGAGGAGUUCGUGAGCGUCAUUGGGAAUGCGAAGGAUUCUGUACGGGUCCGCUGUGUACUCCGGGACCGGGAUCGGUCGAGGCUACGGCCUACGUUCUUCUUGCUUACUCGAAACUCGGACGGCUCGCCGACGGUGUGGCGCUGCACAACUGGUUGGUCUCCCGGAUGGAUAGCCGAGGCGCCUACAGAUCAACUCAAGACACGGUUGUUGCUCUAAUGGCACUAUCCGAGGCGAGCGCUCUUGUUCCGAUUGAGAACGUUAGUUUGAACGUCACGCUGCACGUGCCGGGACAUUUCAGCGAGAACGUCGUCGUGAACGGCUCCAAUCGAUUGAUAACUCACACUUUCCAAGUUGUUGUGCCGUCGUCGAUUCACGUGAAAGCCGAAGGCUCUGGAUCUGCUCUAUUUCAGUCGUCCGUCUUCUACAACGUACCGGAGUUACAUCAAGAGGAGGCGUUCGACUUGGACAUAUCGGUGACCGGCAAGUUUUCCGUUUAUCCUCCCGCUCGUCUGACCGAAACACCGACGCCGCCAGAGUCGUCGCCUCGACCGACGCAGCCGGUCGUUAAUAUCACCGUGGACGACGGCGGCGUCGAUCGGGAUCAUUCGCCGGUGUCGCACAACUUUUACGAGGACGGACUCGAUUUGACAACUUGUCUUAGGUGGCUGAGAUCGGAUAGAGAUUCGAGUAUGGUAAUAAUGGAAAUUGGUUUACUGUCCGGUUUUACUGCCAGUAAGGACAGUUUGGAGGAGUUGGUGGCAGACAACGAUAUUAAACUCAUGCGGUUUGAAAUCGAGUCUCGAACGGUCGUCCUCUACUUCGACAAGGUCAACUACGACUCUGUCGCCUGCUUCAACGUCUCGCUGGUGCGCACUCACUGUGCGAUAAACGUUCAACCCGCAUUCGUGCGCUCAUACUCGUACUACGAGCCAGAUCUCUUCGCCACGUCGUGGUACACUCUUCCGAACGAGUGGUCGAACACGUUGGAGUCUUGUCAAGCUCUUGGCUUGUCGUCGACUAGGAUGGACCGACGAUGAAGGAGGGGUCGAUUGAUAUUAAUUGACUUGUAAGGGUGGGUACGGGUACUUGUAUAGAUGCAUGCGACGACGUACUUCAAUCAGCUUGAAGUGUAAACACGAAUGACGGGUGUGCACGAGUUGGCUUUGUCUAGUUAGAGAUUUUUGCUGUCGACGUUGUUAACUAACUACUUGUCUACUAGAAUCAGAAAUACUUCGUAGAGUUGUUUUAGCGCGCGCUA